AUGGGUGAGAAAUUAGUAGUAGCAGUCGGGGAGCUGAUGGCGAGUGAUUAUUUCAUCAUCCCAAUUAGUGUCACAAUCUUGGUCACCAUUUUUUCAAUGAUCAUAAUGAAAAGGUCUCUGAGCUCCUCAUCAUCAUCAUCAUCAAAAGCAGCUACACCUCCGGGGCCAUGGAAGCUGCCGAUCAUCGGGAACCUCCACCAGCUGGCAACCGGCUCGUCCCUCCCACACCGCCGGCUAGCGGAGCUGGCCCGACAGUACGGCCCUCUGAUGCAACUUCAGCUCGGCGAAAUCCCCACGGUGAUCGUGUCCUCGGCGGAAUGGGCCAAGGAGUUCAUGCAGGCCCACGAUCUCAACUUCGCCAGCAGGCCCUUCAUCCCGGCCGCCAACAUCAUCUUCUACGGAGGCCGAGACAUCGGGUUUUCCCCUCACGGACCCUACUGGACAAAGAUGAGGAAGAUUGUAGCCAUGGAGCUUCUCGGCGCCAGGCGUACCAAGAUGUUGCGGCCCAUCAUGGAGGAAGAGAUGGCGAAGCUCGUGGGCUUGAUCAACACGAAGCCCACCAUCAACCUCACCGAAAUGAUGCUCUCCUUCGGCAACUCCAUCACUUGUCGUGCCGCCUUUGGCAAGAUUCAGAAGCAAGAGGAAGUUUUCUUGCCGUUUAUCAAACAUUUCAUGAAGACGCUUGGAGGGUUCAGCCUCGUCGACCUCUUUCCUUCAAGUAACUUGCUGCGUUUACUCGUCACUGCCGCAGCUGAGAGAAAGCUGAAGAAGGUUCACUCGGCGGCCGAUGCUAUCAUGGAAACCAUAAUCAAUGACCGCAUAGCUAAGAGAUCAUCAACAGUAGCAGCUCCAGGAAACGACGAUGAAGAUCUUCUUGGUGUGCUUCUCAAUCUUAAAGACACCGACGACCUGGGCUUCACCGAGAUUAAAGCUGUCAUCCUCGACAUGUUUCUUGCUGGAUCUGAUACAUGGACAAUCACUGUUGAAUGGGCAAUGUCCGAACUCAUGAAACACCCAAGAGUUAUGGAGAAAGCACAACGAGAGGUGAGAAAAGUGUUUAAUGGGAAAGGAGUUGUUGACGAGGCAUCUAUCGAUCAACUGCAAUAUCUCCAAUUAAUUCUUAAAGAAACUUUGAGACUGCAUCCUCCUGGUCCUUUGGCUAUUCCAAGGGAAAGUAAGGAAACCGUUGUUGUUAAUAGAUAUCGAAUCCCGGCCAAUACAAGGGUUUUCGUCAAUGUAUGGGCUAUUAAUAGAGAUCCACGUCACUGGACCGAACCCGAAGUCUUUGAACCGGAAAGAUUCCUCGAUAGUUCCGUUGAUUUCAGAGGAGUAGAUUUUCAUUACCUCCCAUUUGGAGCUGGACGACGAAUGUGUCCGGGAAUGCAUUACGGGCUGGCUUUGGUUCAUCUUGCCCUUGCCAAUCUAAUCUAUCAUUUUGAUUGGAAGCUCCCUCACCAAAUGAAACCCGAAGAUCUAGACAUGUCUGAAAGAUUUGGCAUCGAAGUGAAGAGGCAAAAUAAUUUGUUCCUCAUCCCCACUCCAUACCACCCCAAAUAA